GCACUCAAACGCAACAAAAAGCGCGUGACAAUAGGCGGCGAGUCGCAAGAAAGCACACUACAAAUUCGGUUUUGACAAAGACUUAACUCACACUCGCGCAUACACACUCACACACUCUCACACGAAUGCGUCGCGUGCUGUCCCCACAACGCCCCACCUCCCCCCUCCGCUGUGCGUGUCUGUGAAAGAAAGCGAAAAAAGUGGCCAAAUUGCCAAAAAUAAAAAUAAAAGAAAAUAUAAAAUAUAAAGCAAAGAGUGAGAGAGCAAAUCAAUUUGCGGCAAUUAAAAAAGUAAAUUAGCAAAUUAAAGUGUUCGAAAUUAAUACCAAAAGCAAUAAGUAAUUAAUGUGUACAUAGCCUACAAUGCACUUUUGUGUAUUGAUCUGCCGAAAUUGACCUUUUGGGCCAGAACCCCCUCGGAAAACUUCACCCGCUUCGAGAGGAAAGGAAACAGCAACAAGCUCUUCAUUUCCUUUUUGAUAAUUAGCAAGUGGAAUGGAAUAAUCAACCGUUAUGCUCUGUCGCCAAGUGAAAUGCAACUGCAGCUGAGAACCGCUAUUCAGUCAAGUGGCAACAAAAAAGCUAGCGAAAAAGGGAGCAGCUGAAGGCAAAAAAAUGCGAAAAAAGGCGAAGGGCGAAAGGAGAGUGGGGUGUAGGGAGGACGAGGACUGGAAAGCGCACUAUUGACAUAUAUACGCGCAGUCACAAAGCGAGUGCCGCGAUUCGAGCGAAAGAGAAGCGAAGGAAACGCCGCAUAAGACAAAACAGGAAAUUCACUUAUACACGCGCACACUCACAGACACACUUACCCACACACACGCAACUGACGCAUUUGAAAGGAAAGGAAAUUCGCGCUGUUGAGCUUUGCAUUCUGACAUUUCAUUUUCAAAACACAGAUUCCAGUGAGAGCGACACUCGCUCUCCCACACUCUCUUUUCCAAGCCUCUCUCUUACUGCGCUCUCCCACUCUCCGGCUCUCACGCUCUCCACUUUCCAAGCUUGAUUCCUUCAGGUUUUUUUUUAUUUGUAUUUUCCCCGAGCAAAUGAGAAAGUAAACAAAUGCCAAAGGCGGCCGCAUUAACCAGAAAUGAAACGGAAUUGUGAUACCACAUGCAUUAACACGCUCCUUGUGUGCCCCUAACGAAAGUUGGGCUGAAAAGGCAGGGGGAGGGUGAGCGGGAGCCGGGACGGUGCAGUCACGAAGACAAACAAAGGGGCCGCCACACAAUUGGCACCACAACAAAUGCCCUCGUUCCACUUGGACUCCAAUUGGGAUUAGGCCUUGCUUGCUGUGACAUUGACAUUAAUUGAGAAGCCAACAACAUCAAAACCGGGGGAAGGGAAAUCCUCAUUAAAGAGUGAUUUAGGAAACAAGAACUCUGUCAAUUGGGAACCGAAUAGUUGUUGACACCCGUAAACAGUUCUUUUUACGGCCGCCUUUUUUCCCCUGUCACAUUUCAUGAUUCAGGAUUUUUGGCACGAAAAAACCGUGUUCAAAUGGUUUCAGCCUGGCAUUACUUUUUACGGCCUAUUUUACGACCAUAAUUCCAAUUACAAGUUUUACAUGUGUAUUUUUAUGUAGUCGCGAGAGCAAUAAAAAAUAUACUGUCUACGUGCGUAUACGUAAUUUUUACAGAACUAUAGCAUACAUCACGGCUGAAAUAAACAGCAGUUUAAAACAAAAUUUGGCAGUCAAAUUAUUAACCAAACACCAAGAAAAUGAAUUUAAAUUAUUAUGUUUAUAAUUUAUAUAUCGUUUUUUUUUUAUUUAAUUAAUAAUUCAAAAAAACAUAAAAAACAUAUUUCCCGAUUUUAAUUUCAAAAUCAACUUCUAAAGGUUUUUAAUCUGGGAACCUUCAAAAACGUAUCUUGUGUCCGGCCCCUUCGGCCAUCCGUUUAUCAAAGUCAACCGAUUGGGUAGCUAAAAUCAGUUCAGCCGGCAAGAUAACACCCCUGAUUCAUAGCCACCUUUAAGGUGUGUUCAUUAUGGCCCAUUCACCAAUUGGCAAUGCCUUUAAGUUCCGAAAUUCGUGUUGCUGGGCACGAGGCAGACCUUAACCACGAAUUAUGCCUGAAUGAUGCUACAGGCAACCAACUUCAGUUUUAAGAGCUCCUCAAAGGCAGACACAGCUGCGGACAUUAGGCAUUACAUACAAAUUCCGUACAAAAGCCGGCUUCCCGGAGAGAGAGAUAGACAUACAAAUGAAUUUGAAGAUAGAGAGAGAGAAGAAAACACAUUUAGGGGGGUUGAUUUUUGGGCGUUGAAAGCGCUUUUCACUAAUUCAAUGCGACAUUGAAAACAGUGAGCUUGAAUGCGGAAAGUGCAGACUUUCGGGGGCCAACGGACAGAGUGGCGGACGCAAGGACACGCGUACGGACAGCCGUAGUCUGACUAGACGGAACCGGAAGGGCGUCAGCGUCUGGCGCUCAGCCAAACCAGAAAACCCGAUGAGGGGUGGCCCAAUAUACAUACAUACAUACAUACAUAGAUGCAAAGCCGGCAAAAGGAAAGCCAAAGGAAAGUGCCAACCUUGGUACAGUGAGAGGGUGGGGGGAGCAAGGAACUGCGGGGUUCAUGUCUGCAUAAAUUAUGUAUGUAUAUUUUUGGCCACCAGAUAAUCAACUCGUCAAAGGCUUCUCAUUUUUUGGCAGUCGAUUUAUUGGUUAAAGGGUGCCAACGGAAAAAUCCAUGAGCGCAAAAAUAUCCAUUCCCGGGCAUUGGCCAUGAAUAAGGUAUGAAGAGCACGUGACUGGUACGGUCCCAGAAUCCGAGAGACAAAGAGGACAGGGGGUUCUGGCAAAGGGUUCGACCUGGAUUGGCCAUAAAGUGAUUGUGAUUUCCCUUUUAGAGCAAAUAGGCCGGCAAUUAUUUGCGGUGUUUGUGAUUGCGGGCUGCGGUUCAACGGGUCCGCUUCGGUUUCGGCUGCGAUUCGGAUUUCGAUCCACCUUUCGUUUACGGCCACGGGUUAGCAAGCGUACGUAUUGGCCGGAAGACACAGGGACACCGGCCCCGUUAAGAUUUCGGUCGUCGGCGGUGGUCAGAGAGGCUCGAAGAUUUGGCGUCGCGAGCGCAUCGAGAUGACAAAUGAUCCUGACCUCGAUGACUGUGCCUUUCUCUCCGGUGGCGAAUCGAGCGGCGGCCGACAGACGCGCACCGGAGUGGCCGUCUGCUCCCAGCGCCGGGCUCUACUUGUGGCCGGGAUCGUGCUCGGCUCGCUGCUGCUGACGGCCAUCAUCAUCGCCUACGCCGGACCGCAGAACGACUGCUCCUGCGGAUCUAAAACUGUGUCUGGUUACGAUACGGAUGAAGAGAACAACACUCAGCCCUUUAAUCCGAUUGCCACCAACGGGGAGCCCUUUCCCUGGCUGGAGAAGAUGCUGCCCACCAGUGCGAGACCGCUGCGCUACAUGGUUACCAUCCAUCCUAACCUGACAACGCUGGAUGUGAAAGGCCAAGUCACCAUCGAUUUGCAUGUGGAGAGGGAGACCAACUUCAUUGUGCUGCAUAUCCAGGACCUCAACGUCACCGAGAAGGCCAUAGUGACCCCGGGACCCAAGGGAUACGCCCUCAAGAUUGUAAAGGUGCUGGAGUUUCCGCCACGCCAGCAGCUCUACAUCGAGGUGAAGGAGAAGCUGAAGAAGAAGUCCAAUUACACCCUCAACCUGCGCUGGUACUCCAAGCUUAAUCCGGAGCCGGAGGGCUUCUAUGUUGACCAGUAUGAGAGCUCCAACGGUGUGGAAAGAUUAUUGGCAGCCACCGUUUUCCGACCGAAUGGGGCAAGGCGAGCCUUUCCCUGUUUCGAUGAGCCCCACGUUAGGGCGCCUUUCCGCAUCUCCGUGUUCCGCGAUCGCUUCCAUAUCGGCCUGUCCAACUCCAUAGUACACACCACCGAGGAUGUGGGCUUCUACAUGGGCACGGGACUGCUCCGUGAUGACUUUAUAGAGACGCCUCCACUGCCCGCCGAUGCUGUGGCCUGGGUGGUAAGCGAUUUUCAGCGCGAGUCUUUGCAGCCAUCGGCCGCUUACAUCCCCACCACAGUAGCGCCACCGGGGUCCGGAGCUGGUGGCAAGAAGUCCGCCCAGUUGAACAACUACACCCAGCUGAAGGGCAAGAACCCUCCGGUGCGGAACAUCACUGCCCUGACGCAAUCUCUGAAUGUGAACCUCACGCCCCGCCAGAACCUUACUACUGUCCAAACGACGACGACGACAGCUUGGCCUGUAUAUCUUAAUGGGAAUGGAAAGCCAUCGAAUCUCACCUCUUUGUCGCAGUCCACGGGCUCCUCGAUUAAGAGGGCUCCCUCGUACACGUUCUAUGCUCCGCGGGACCUACUGAUUCGCUCAUCCUUCAUCCUGCACACAUCGCGGGAUGUGCUGGAGUAUCUGCAGACGUGGCUGGAUAUUAGUUAUCCACUGACAAAGGUGGACUUUGUGGCACUGCCUUCUCUGGACCGCAACAUGAUCUCCUCCCUGGGCUUGGUGACCCUGAAGACGUCGUUCCUAACGGAUCCCAGUUCGAUUACCUCUGAGCAGUACCAGUUCAGCGCUCUUCGGAUUGCAGAGGCAAUGGUGCGGCAGUUCUUUGGAGGUAUCACCUCCCGCAAGGUGCUCAAGGAUGUGUGGCUGUGGGAGGGAUUGAUUCAGUACUUGGGCAUCCAUACCCUGGCUCCCCUGCAGGAGAGCUGGCCCCUGAGGGAAAUGUACCUGCUAAAGAUGGCCACAGCAGCACUGGAUAUCGACGCCAUCCAAGGAUGGGAUAGCAUUAUGAAUGGCACCAGUCACGAUGGCAAUAAUGAGGAGUUCUUUGUGCAAAAGACGGCGGCCAUCUUCUCCAUGCUGCACACAGCCAUUGGCGAGGAUAGGUUCAGAGGGUGCCUGGGCUCGUUUCUCAAGGUGAAUCGAUUUAGAACCGCAGAACCGACCGAUCUGUGGACCAUUUGCACCAAGAAGGCCAACGGUUCGAAGAACAUCAAGGACAUGAUGACUCUGUGGACCCACCAGCCAGGCUUUCCGCUUUUAACCGUCACCAAAAUGGGCAACAGCAUUUCCAUCUCGCAAAGACCUUUCCGGCCCGCUGACUUUCUGGCUAUUCACGAUGAGUCCUACGAUGGGAAUAACUAUAACAAGACCGCGCUCAAUGCCACGGAUAUGCCCAUUACGGUGCCGCCCACAACGCAGGGAAGCAAGCACAAGGCGGCGCCGCACAUGAAGUGGAUUUUCCCGGUCACAUAUGUGACGGAUAUCAACAAUGUCAGCGAAACCCUCUGGAUGCAGAAUGUGGAUGUAACCUUCAAUGUCCCGGAGAACGUGAAAUGGAUCAAAGUAAAUGCCAUCCAGAACGGCUACUACCGAGUAGUUUACAACGACGACAACUGGGCGAGUCUCAUUGAGGAGUUGGCCGCAAAUCCCAAUCGCUUCACCAGCGAGGAUCGACUGGGUAUGCUCUCGGACGCCUUUACGCUGUGCCAUGCCAAUCUGCUGCCCUGCGAGAUCACCAUGAACAUGAUCCAGUAUCUGCCCAGCGAGACGCAUUACGGACCCAUGGCCCUGGCCUUGAGGCAUCUGGAGAAAUGGCGACGCAUCCUCAAGUACUCGGAGUGCUUCCUGAUGCUCAGCGAGUUCAUCAAGAUAAAGAUUUCUACGGUGAUGGAGAAGGUGGGCUGGUCGGAUGACGGUGAUGUGGCCACCAGACUAAUGCGUCCCGAGGUGCUUUUGGCCUCGGUUCUGUGGGAGGACAACGAUAGCAUCUUCAAGGCUAAGAACAUGCUUAACCAGUCUCUGUACUACAACGGUUCAGCCAUUCCACCCAAUCUCAGAGAGGUGGUUUACACUGGAGCAAUCCUCUCCGGCGAGUACAUCUACUGGCAGCACUGCUGGGAGCGCUUCGUCACUCUCCAGCGAACAUCGGAAACUUUUGUGGAGCGUAUGCAGCUGCUUCGGGCCCUGGGCAGGACCAAGGAUGCCUGGCUGCAGAACCGCCUGCUGUCGCAUGUGACUAUGCUGCCCACCGAGGAGGUGGUGCAGGUGCUCAAGGCCAUCGCUGGCACGCCGACUGGCGGAGCCAUGGCUUGCCGCUUCCUGCAGGCCAAGUGGUUCGAGCUGGAGAAACGUCUCGGGCCGGGCACGAUCAGUUUUGCCAAGGUCAUAUCGGCCAUUACCCAGUAUGGAGCCACCAAGUUUGACUACGAUGAGCUCAAGUCGCUGGUGCAUCGCUUCGGCCGGGGUCACGGCAUGUCCGUGCUGAACAUGACCCUGAGCAGCGUGGCCUCAAAUGUGGAGUGGGUGGCAAGGUCGCAGACGUCGCUGUACAAGUGGGUGGAGGGCAACCUGCACUCGCACCGAUAGAGGAGGCGGGACACGGAGGUCCGCGCACAGUUCUCUCUUCAGACUCAUUUGUAAUUAUGUUCCUCUCACAGACACGGCUCUCACGUGGACCUUGAUUUCGCCGAGUUAACUAACACACUAUGGAUCUGUACUCUUUACCAUAUCAUUGCCAGUUCGAUCGAUCUCCUUGGUUUUCUCAGUAGCUCUCCUAUAAGUUUAGUCCUCAACGAGUGGCCUCACUCGACUGUAAAUUACGAAUGCUAUGAUCAAGCAGCUGUAUGUGUAUAUCUAUCCCAGUGGAGGAAACCAUUUCUAGCACAUAUGUAUGUGGAUAUCUACAACUGAACAUAAGGAUCUAUCUAUAUAUGUAUAUUGUAUAUGUAUGUAUAUUUUACAAACCGAAAACAAAACAAAAAAGAAACCAAACAUACUUAGAGCAAUGGAUAAACGUAGAUUGUAAGCGAAGAAACACAAAGAACAAACAUAUUUUUUCAUAAAAACAAAAAAAAAAGGAAACAAAACAAAACAACAGAUGAGGCCACUAAAUCGAGAUUAACUAAAUCGCUAUGAAUGCAUUCUAGUCCCUGUAUAGCAUAUGUAUAUUAGAAUUAGUGAGCGGCCCGCUCGUGUGUGUAUCCGUGUAUGUGCGCAUCGAAAUAUCACAGAACUCUUCCUUUUGUCCAAAGAUAAUUUACUUAUCCAACAUAAUCAUCCUAGAACGCCUAGCUAAGGAGUCCUGCCUGACCAGGAGCAGAAAUUCUUGAUUAAGAAUAUAUUUUAUAAACAGUAUUAGCUUCCAGGAUCAAGAUUAAAUGCCAUUUUGUCCACCAAUUUGGUAUGAAGAGUACCAGCGCAAAAUCUUUUUGAAUUGUAAGGACACAGAGUUGUUAUACCUACAAGGUCAGAUAACCAAAGGCUUAAAGACUGGGAAACCAGUUAUAAUCACAAAAACUUGUUCAAUAUUCAGAACAUACAUUUUUAGCCCGACGAUAUUCUUAACUUUAAAAUCAGAUUUAGCUUCAUUGAUAUAUGUUUAUGGCUGCCAUAGGUACUACUAACUCAUGAAUUUUUUGAGAAAAGAUCAAAGAAUUUUAUUAAAAUUUAUAGAACUCUGUCAUAAGAUAGAAUAUAUCCCCUACUAUGCUUUGAGGUCAGGCAGGCAGAUAAGUUAGGAGCUUGCGAUACAAAAUACCAUAUAGACAUAUGUACAUACAUGGCAUACGCGAUGUAGUUUGCUAGAACCCAAACCAGUAAAUGGAAACUAAUUUAACACUUUUUAUUUACGCACUCGCAUAAGACAUCAAAGACAUACAACUGAUAAACAGAUUACAACGUUCCGUAACUACGAUUUACCAUGUGUUUUCCGAUUUAAUCAUAUCGCUGGUUAUCAUUUGAUUAGUGUUGAAGCGUCUAUGCUGCCCUAAAGAUAGCCAGGUCUUCGGAUCCCAAGUGUUUGUGUAAACUGAGGGAAGCCGCCGACUUCUGUCACCCAAAUCAGGGGGCUUUUGGCACGCCGGUUUGUCAUUAUAGCCAAAUAAACGUGUAUAAGUUGGUGAGCCACGAUAAGAGAGGGCCGCGCGACAAGAUUAGCUUGGGAUGGGUCAGGUGCGUAGUCAAGUGGGUUAUUAGGGGCUGAAGCACUCUGUGAAGUAAUUAAAAACUGAGCAAUAGGAAAAUUCUACAAGAACUCCAGCGAGAUAAACCCCAAAGGGAUAAUCAAAACCCCCCUUUAGCUACGCCUGGGAUAUGGCCGCUUCUCUCUCUAUCACUUGUUAAGCGGAUUCAAAGUUAAACCUUCAACCAUUUUCGACUAUGCUAAUUCGUAAACAAAAAUUUCAUUUGAAGCAUUUGAGAUUUUUGAGUUGGUUUUAGGAAAAAAGAGGUGAUUUCUGAGGAUUAUUAAAUUGAAAUGGCAAAGAUUUGCUUAGGUAAAAAACACUAAGACUAACCCAAAGAUACUCGUCAUACUUGCAACAAAGUCAAUCGCUCAGAAACCCCCAAAUCGAAGUAUAAAUAAAUACAGACAGCGAGAGAGAGAGAUACAAAACACAAGCGAAAACAACUUUAUUAGCGACAAAGAUAGAUCACAGUGAAAACAACAACAACAAAAACAAGUUUUGGAGCGAUUUUACGGAUUUUCGACAAAUGUAUAAACCAAACAAGCUAAACUAAAGAUGAAAAACGAAAAUAAACCCAAAUAGAAAUAAUACAAAAAGAAGAACAGACAGCAUAAGAGAGAUACUAAAGACCCAGAAGCAAAACCCACAUGGGGAAGAGUAGAUAAUGAGGAGAUUUAGAAAGUUUUUACAGACCAACAAAAACAAAGAAGACUUUAUUAUGUUUUUACACAGCACUUGAGUUCAUUGUUCGCCCAUUUCAUCGUCUAAUUGUAUUGUACAAUGCAUAUCCGUCCACAGCUUUGAUUGACUUUACACAUUUGGGUUCCAUUUAGUUCAUCAUCAGUCACACACCUCAGAACACCCAAUCCCCUAUCCUGCCCUCGAGCCCCGCUUUAUCCAGGAUUAGAAGAAUGGCCUUUUCUUAUUUCAAUGAUCGAGGAUACGAAUUCUAGUUAAUUUUAUUAGACGAAAUUUUUUUGCAAUCGGCAUCGGUAUAUUAGAAAUUAUUAAUUAUGCAUUGGCCAUCAGGUUUUAUGAAGAAAUUCGUGUAGGGAAAAUACAAACAAAGUGUAUCUAGGAAUGCAAAUGGAAAGCAGGCAGAGCAACUCUAAAGACGUAAAUCUAAUUGUAUGCUAAUGAUAUAUACACUUCUAUAUAUAAAUAUAUAUAUAUUUACAUAAUGUAAUUUAAGUCAAAUGGGAAUAUUAAUAAAUGCGAUAACUAAUCUGUAA